UCCCUCUCCAUGUCUCUCCUCCCCUCUCACCUCUCCCCCUUCUCCUCCUCUCACUCCCCCUCGCCCAAACACUCCCUCUCCGCCUUCCAUUCCCAACUCAAGUUCAACAUCCCCUCUCAAAUCUCCUCUCUCUCCCUCUCCCUCUUCUCCCCCCACUCCAAACCCUCUUCCAGGCUCUGCACUCCUUCCAAGAUCUCCAACUUCCUCCUCCUCUCCCCCUCCUCCUUCCUCCGCCGCCGCCACUCCGACCCGGCAGCCGGAGCAACCGCCCGCCGCUGCUCCCUCGUCUGGUUCCGCGCCGACCUCCGCCUCCACGACCACGAGGCCCUGUCCGCCGCCAACGCCGACUCCCUCUCCCUCCUCCCCGUCUUCCUCUUCGAUCCCCGUGACUUCGGCCGCUCCCCCACUGGCUUCGACCGCACCGGCCCCUACCGCGCCCGCUUCAUUAUCGACUCCGUCGCCGAGCUCCGCCGGGGGCUGCGCCGCCGCGGCUCCGACCUCGUUGUGCGGAUCGGCCGACCCGAGGUGGUGCUGCCGGAGCUCGCGCGUGCGGCCGGCGCUGAUGCCGUCUACGCUCACCGGGAGGUGUCCCACGACGAGGCGCGCGUGGAGGAGAGGAUCGCCAAGGCGAUGGAAGCCGAAGGGGUCGAAGUGAAGUACUUCUGGGGGAGCACGCUGUACCACAUCGACGAUUUGCCGUUUGAGCUGGAGAACAUGCCGACCAACUAUGGAGGGUUUAGGGAGAAGGUAAAGGGCGUCACCGUAAGGAAGGCAAUUGAUACACCGGAGGAGGUUAAGGGGCUGCCGUUGAGGGGGGAUAUCGAGCCAGGGGAGAUACCAAGCUUGCAAGAUCUCGGGCUCAAUCCGCCACCGACCAUGUCGCAGGAUGGCAAACCUGUUAUGAGUGCCUCCCUUGUGGGUGGUGAGAACGAAGCACUGGAGAGGUUGAAGAAGUUUGCUGCCGAAUGUUGUGCCCAACCAAAUAAAGGAAACAGGGAUAACACUAGGAAUAGCAUAUAUGGUGCUAAUUUCUCAUGCAAAAUCUCACCAUGGCUAGCCAUGGGUUGUCUUUCACCUCGCUUCAUGUUGGCGAGGCUCAAGAAAACUGCAACUAGGACCAUUUCUGCUGCUGUAUCUCAGACGAAUGGUGUGGAUUCAACAGAUGGUGGGAUGAACUGGUUGAUGUUUGAGCUAUUGUGGAGGGAUUUCUUCAGGUUCAUCACCAAGAAGUACAGCUCCACAAAGAAGGCAGAGGCUGUGCCAGCCUCAGCUUGUACCGGUGCUCUGGUUUAGGUCUGUUUGCCUCGGUUGAGUCAGGAGCUUAAAUGCAAGCUUGGCCUGUGAAAUUUGAGGUACUUGCUAAGUGAUUCGAGUUCCUGACGCAAAUUUCUUCUAAUUUCAUGUAAUUGUCAUAGCAUGUCUUUUAUUUCUCAUACAUCAAUUUUGGACUUCCAGCAGAUGCACAAAUGUUUAUGCCUUUCACAAUAAGCAGCUAAUUUAAUUGAUUUACUCAGAGAGUA